AUGACCCCAAUAUUUCCACCCCUCCUUUUCGCCACCAUCCCUGUUGACCCCAAACUUGGUGACUCCAUCCUUGUUGACCCCAAUAUCUCCAUCCCUGAUGUCCCCACCAUCCCUGUUGACCCCAAACUUGGUGACCCCAUCCAUGUUGACCCCAAUAUUUCCAUCCCUGAUGUCCCCACCAUCCCCGUUGACCCCAAACUUGGGGACACGGGGGGGGACAGUUGGUGGCCAGGAGGGCACGGGGAUGGCCGAGGGACCGAGCACGGUGGCACCUCUGGUGGCCACAAAAGCUUCGGUGGGGAAGAUGCCACCAACAGUGGUGACAACGUCAGCCGUGGCACCAAUGUUGGCCACGGUGCCACCAACGACUGUGGUGUCAUCGGUGUCAACCACGUCACCGUCAUCAACCGGGACAUCCGCGGCGGCCAUGAUGCCGACGGUGACGGUGACAAUGUCAGCCAUGUCACCAACGGUGGCCGUGAUGCCAUCGACGUCAACCGUGACGAUGUCAACCACGUCACCGUCAACCGUGGUGUCAGCGACCACAGCACUGCCAAACACGUCACCAUCAACGGUGACACCGUCAGCUGUGGCGUCGCCAGCCACGUCACCGCCAACCACGCCACCGUCAGCCAUGACGCCGCCAACCACGUCACCAACGGUGGCCAAGAUGCCACCAACAACCACGUCGUCAUCAACCACGUCACCAACGGUGGCCAAGAUGCCACCACUGACCACAUCACCACCAACCACGUCACCAAUGGUGGCCAAGAUGCCACCAGCGACCACGUCACCACCAACCACAUCACCGCCAACCACGUCACCCUCCACCACAUCACCAACAGUUGCCAAGAUGCCACCAAUGACCACGUCACCCUCAACCACGUCACCACCAACCACGUCACCAACGGUAGCCAAGAUGCCACCAACGACCACAUCAUCACCAACCACGUCACCACCAACCAUGUCACCCUCAACCACGUCAUCACCAACCGCGUCACCAACAGCGUCCAAGAUGCCACCACCAUCCACAUCACCGCCAACCACGUCACCAACAGCAUCCAAGAUACCACCACCAUCCACAACACCACCAACCACGUCACCAACAGCAUCCAAGAUGCCACCACCGUCCACAUCACCGCCAACCACGUCACCCUCAACCACGUCGCCUCCAACCACGACCCCCCCGGCACCCGCACCGCCCCCAACGCCGACGUCACCGUCGCCCACACCUCCACCUCCUUCCUCCACGGUGACACCGUCAGCCUCCCCCACCCAGGGGCGUUCCGAGGGCGGCCCCUUGGACGUCCCACCCCCGGGGGGGUCCGUUGGGGCGGCGGCCAUGCGUGGGGCUCCCCGUCGAGACGCCGCACCCCCCCUGGCCCACCCGGCCCUCCAACGCCGUAGUGGGAACACCAUCACCGUACGGCCCCGGAGAGGGGUGGGCAACGAGGGGGGGUCCACCACGGUUGUUCCACCUCCGACUCCAUCCAUCCCC